AUGUUGGCCAUGGAUUUAUAUGACCUAGUGAAGCAGACAUUUACUAUCACUCACGACAUUUCAAGCUCGGCUGAUGUCGAUACAUCACCAUCGAAAAGAUUCAAUCAAGAUCCUUUCGCUGAUCUUCGUCAAAAGAAUGCAACGUCGCCGUCUACUAGCUUAUCGACGAAACGCGCUUGGACAGUCGAAUUUGAUCGUCAGCUACAAAUUUACGAAAACGUUCAACUUGGUUCUGAUUACGAUAGCAAUCCAUUUUCAUAUUGGAAGAACUAG